AUGGAAGCGACUGAAGCGAAUCUAGAUAUCAAAGUGACACAGCUUAAAAUGAGCAUUGGUAAAACGAACACCAUCGUAGAAACAGGGAAGUCAGAAGCGAUCGAAAGACAUUUGUCCACCCUGCGGUCCCUCAGUAAAGAACUAAAUCGAAUGCGGAUAGAAGUAGAAGCGACAAAACUAGGUGCGAAAGAAAAAAUUGCCGACAUCGAGGCGUGGAGCAGCGGAAUCGACGCACAACUGGAAAAAGCGGAUUGCGAAGUGGAUAAAAUGUGCACGUGGAUCGACGACCGCAAAAGAGAAGCAGAAGCAAUUGUCAAGCAAGAAGAACUUAAGUUUCACAAAGCGAAGAUAGAGAUGCAGGCAGAAAUCCAAGUUGAGCCACACCCCCAACAAGCGACGACGACGCCAAGCGACAUACAAGCCAAGCUGCCUAAACUGAUGAUAACGAAGUUUGACGGUACCUAUAUGGACUGGCCACGAUUUUGGGGACAGUUCACAGAAGCAAUCGAUAAAACGGGCGCUCAACCGAUCACGAAAUUUACCUACCUUCGAGAACUACUGGAUGUCAAAGUGAAAAGAGCAAUAGAGGCGUUGCCCUUCACGGCUGAGGGAUACAAUCGGGCAAAGAGUAUCCUAAGCGAGAGGUUCGGAAAGGAGUCAGAAAUCGUCAAAGCUUACAUCAAAGAGAUUCUGGAUCUCCCCUCAAUAUCAAGCCCAAACCCGAGAAAAAUUGGUGAAUUUAGCGAAAAGCUAACGUACUGUGUGCAAGCCCUGCAGACACUAAACAAACUGGAACAAGUCAAUGGGGCGGUGUCUAUGACACUAGACAAAUUGCCAGCGAUCCGCGGAGAUCUCGUCCGGACCGACCCCGACUGGGAAAGCUGGGACUUUGCAAAACUUUCAGAAGCAGUUCGAUUGUGGACCAGGAGAAAUCCAAUGGAUAUAAACCAGCGUGAGCGUGAGCAAGAACAGCAAUCAACAAAACGGAACGUACGCCAGCAAGCAAGAAUUUACCACACGCGUCGGGACGCCGAUGGUAAACCCCGCUGUUGGCGUUGCGUUUACUGCGGCGAAGAUCACAAAGCCAUCGAAUGUACAAGAGUGACACAUGUCGCUGAUCGCAGACAAAUUUUACUAAAUAAGCGUUUAUGUUUCAAUUGUGUGUCUGGGAACCACCGCGCGUUCUAUUGUCCGAGCAAAUCAGCCUGUCAACGCUGCCAUAAGCGUCACCACACGUCGAUUUGUGACACACCAAACCCGACAAGCCAAGUUAACCAGCCAUCAGCACAUGGGGUCGCUUUGACAACAAACCAAACUGGAGAGGGUCUGUUCCCAGUAGUCAUCAUAGAGGUCAACGGAAUUAAAUGCAGAGCGCUUAUCGAUUCUGGAGCCGGCAGUUCGUACGUGUCGGCAAAGCUGAUCGAACUACUUCGCUUAAAGCCAACCGAUGUCCAGACAAAAACGAUCGAUAUGCUGAUGUCCUCUAAAAUUGCCAAACUCGAAGUCUACGAUCUCGAAUUAAGAUCUGUCAACCAUCAAUUUUCGCUGUCCGUCAAAGCUACCAAAGUGAACAAGAGAGAGUUGUUGUCUAUUGAAAACCCCAAUUAUCGCACGCUAAUUGAGAAGCACCCACACUUGAAAGGCGUAAAUGUUUACGAUGAUGACACAAAAGCGUCUCUUCCGGUUCACGUGGUGCUUGGCAGUGGGGAGUACGCCAGAAUUAAAACGGAAACAAAGCCAAGAAUUGGACAAGAGAAUGACCCUAUCGCAGAACUCACCAAAUUCGGAUGGUUUCUGAUGUCCCCGGGAAAGGAGUUUGACAAAAACACCAUGCUUCUCACCCAGACAAGUCAAAGCAACUACGAAGAUCUGUGCAGAUUGGACGUCUUGGGAUUGCGUGAUAUAGCAGAUCAUGACCAGUCGAUGGUAUUUGAUGAGUUUAAGGAACGCCUAACACGCUCGCCAGAAGGCUGGUACGAGACCACGCUCCCAUGGAAAGCUAACCACGCAGAACUGCCCUCAAACAAGGAAGGUAGCUUAAAACGACUCAAGAACCUCAGUAGAAAACUUCAACGCGAGGAACUGACGGCUCAAUACGACGCGAUAAUUCAAGAACAGCUGGCAGAAGGCGUUAUCGAAAAGGCACCCCCUGUUUCACAGCCACAGAAAGAGUUCUACAUCCCUCACAAGAGCGUGAUUCGCAAGUCCGCUGAAACUACAAAGAUGCGGAUCGUCUAUGACGCCUCUGCCCGAGCGACACCCGAUUCACCAUCACUGAAUGACUGUCUGUACCCAGGGCCUGCGCUGCAAAACAAACUAUGGGACGUUCUAAUUCAGCAGAGAGCCUACCCAGUUGUCCUAGCGGGAGACAUUAAGAAAGCCUUCUUACAAAUCCGGAUUCACGAGAGUGAACGAGAUGCCCUCCGUUUUCACUGGCAGACAGAUUCGGACUCAGAAGUGCAGACAUUCCGGUUCACGAGAGUACUCUUUGGGCUCGCCCCCUCACCCUUUCUACUAGGUGGGGUUCUUGAAUGCCAUCUCGAUACCUGGGCGGAGAAAUACCCGGAGGAGGUAGAGCGGCUACGCCGAAGUUUCUACGUAGACGACCUGUUGACAGGCGGUCAAGACGUACAGCAAGCAAAAGUACGAAAGGAGGUGACGCAAAAAAUUAUGAAGGAUGCCACAUUUGAGUUACACAAAUGGCACUCGAAUCAUGCACAGCUGGAAGAUGACACCCAACCUGCACAAGGAAAGGAAGUUGCCCAGCCUACUUUACGUAAAAACAGCGCCCAAGCCACAUCAAGCGAAGAUCAGUCUUAUGCAAAACAACAGUUACUAGUCAAGCCAAGUGAGUCAAAGCUAUUGGGCGUAAAAUGGGACAAAUUCGAAGAUACUAUCGCCGUGCAGUUCCCAAGCGCGAGUAGUGCACCGACAAAACGUGAAGUACUGGCCAAACUAGCGAAAGUGUACGACCCCCUUGGCUUAGCGUCCCCCAUUACACUGCAAGGGAAGCAAAUCUACCGAGAAGCGUGCGACUGCAAAGUAUCAUGGGACGCACCUAUCCCAGAGAAUCUGAAAAUACGCUGGCAAAGGUGGGAGCAGUCACUUCCGGCGGAAGUAACCACUCGAAGACCCUUAGCACCUUAUCAACAACCAGUCAUCUCCGCUGAGCUGCAUGUGUUUGGGGAUGCGUCAACUUAUGGGGUUGGAGCAGUGGUGUAUUCAGUCGUACGCCAAGAAGAUGGAAUCACUCAAACCCUGGUUGCAGCAAAAGCAAGAUUAGCCAAGAGAGAACUAACCGUCCCCAGGUUGGAGUUAGUCAGCGCUCACAUGGCUACCAAUUUAGUCAUCAACGUAAGAAACGCUCUAAAAGAACUACCCGAACCCAUGAUCUACGGUUGGCUGGACAGCACCGUCGCCCUCCACUGGAUUGUAGGAAAUGGUCAGUACCGACAGUUCGUCUCUAACCGAGUGCAAAAAAUAAGGCAAUACCCACAGAUCCAGUGGAGACACGUGCCCACUACCGAUAACCCAGCGGACCUGGCGAGUCGAGGAGGCCAGGUAACCAACGCAGAGCUUUGGUGGAAUGGCCCAGCGUGGCUACGUAAUCCUGAAAUGUGGCCAGAGAACCCGGUUACCGUGAAAUCCGAAACCUCAGAAGAAGAGGCAAAAGUCAUCCGAGAAGUGCUAAGCCUAGCAAAUGAGAAACCUGAACAAGAACGGAACGUGUUCGACGAACUCCUAAAACGCCAUGAUUUACGCCGAGCUCUUCGCAUCCAAGCUUGGGUGCGACGGUUCACCACUCACAGGGUGCGCAAGGGACCUCUUACUAGCGAAGACAUUCAAGAGACCAAGAACUGGUGGAUAGAAAGAGUCCAGUCUCAAGAUUUACAGAAACCGCACUUUGAACAGACCAGGCAGAAACUCAACCUCGUUUCCAAUGCAGAUAGAAUUCUCGAAUGUCAUGGAAGAAUUCAAGGAAAAUACCCAGUGUACCUGCCAGCAGACGCCGUGUUUACGAGGAAGCUUGUACAGAGGAUUCAUGUCGAAACCUUACAUGGAGGUGUGGCCCUUACCAUGGCAGCGAUUCGUGAACAGUACUGGAUCCCAACCCUGAGACAGCUAGUGAAGUCUGUGCGAUCUGCUUGUUGGGGCUGUAAACGUUUCAUCGCUUCACCCUUAACAGUACCACCCCCUGGACUACUGCCUACAGACCGUACAGAUGGUGGAACAGCCUUCGAAGUUAUUGGCACGGAUUUUGCUGGUCCUAUCAAGUAUAAACAACGCAAGAAGGGCGAGGAGAAAGCUUACUUGGUUAUCUUCACGUGUAGCCUGUCCAGAGCCGUGCACCUAGAAUUAUUGUCUAGUCUAGAGACAAGCAAUUUUAUUACCUGUCUUAAACGCCUCAUCGCUCGCCGCGGCAGACCGCGCGUUAUCUACUCAGACAAUGGAGGCACCUUUAUCAAGGCUGCGAAAUGGCUUCGCCAAUUGCGAGGAGAUGAGCGCCUCCAAAGUCUCCUUGAAGAUUACGACAUAACCUGGAAAUUUAACUUAAGCCGGGCUCCUUGGUGGGGAGGUCAAUUCGAGCGGUUGAUUGGAGUCGUAAAGUCCGCCAUGUACAAAGUCAUUGGGGGAGGUGUACUUACCUGGACUGAGCUGAGCGAGGUACUGCUCGACGUGGAAACACAAAUCAAUCGACGUCCAUUAAGUUAUGUAGAAGAUGAUGUCGAGCUACCAACACUUACACCGUCAACAUUCCUGUUUCAGCGAACGAGUCAGCUGCCAGAAGAGAAAACAGGGAGGAUCAAAGACCUGGACCUACGCAAACGCGCUAAAUACCUCAGGAACUGCAAGAACAAUCUCUGGAGGCGGUGGCAGAGAGAAUAUUUAACAGCUUUAAGGGAGCGGCACAACCUGACACACAAAGCGGCCAAAUUUCAGCCAAAUGUUGGAGAUGUCGUAACUAUAAAGACCGAAAACAAGAAUCGUGGGAGUUGGCCACUGGCGAUAGUAAACAAAACCUAUCCCGGGAGGGACGGAAUCAUCCGCGCAGUUCAACUCAAGACAGCAAACGGCAUGUUAGAGAGGCCUGUUCAACACCUGUACCCUCUUGAGCUAAACUGCGACCAGGCUUGUGAGACACAUGCAGACGCUCCCACAGCAGAUUUGAACCCAAACGCACUAGUUUUCAGGCCGAGACGGGAUGCUGCAGUUGCUGCCAGAGCCCGAAUCCAGGACCUUGCUGAAGAUGAACAAUGA